CAUCAGGGCAUCCCCGCCCCUGCCCCACCCCCGGGCCGGUCGGGGCCUGCGGCCGCUGCAGCCAUGCGCGCGGGUCGGAGCUGAGCGCGGUCAUGGCCGAGUUCGUGCCGGCGCCGCUGUCGCUGCGGGAGGAGCCGCCAGGCGAGUCGGAGGCCGAGCUGUCGCAGAGCCUGGCCCGCACCAAGACGCGCUCGUACGGCAGCACGGCCUGCGUGGCAGCGCCGCUGGCCGAGCGCUACGUGGAGCACCGGCUGCGCGCGGGCGACACGCUGCAGGGCAUCGCGCUCAAGUAUGGCGUCACGAUGGAACAGAUAAAAAGGGCAAAUAAACUGUUUACCAAUGACUGUAUAUUUCUGAGGAAAACCUUGAAUAUUCCAGUUAUAUCAGAGAAGCCGUUACUGUUUAAUGGACUCAAUUCACUGGAAUCUCCUGAAAAUGAAACUAUUGACAGUUCCCCUUCAUGUGAUGAAGGACCAGUGACAUUUCAGGAAGACAGUAGUUCUUCUCCCAGUCCUCAAGAAUCUGACAGUCAGCCUGCUGCACCUGAAGAACUGUCUGCCAAAGAUUUUCUACAGAGACUGGACUUGCAGAUUAAGCUGUCCAAACAGGCAGCCAGGAAACUAAAAGAAGAUGAUAUCAGGCUGCCCCGGCUGCCCCCAUGCUUUCCAUCUGCAAUGGUCUUGGCACACAGCUGAAGUUGUGCAAGCUUAUUGGAUUUGCGCCAGCAUGGGACUGUACCAAAUGUCAUUUUGGAGAGACAGAAGCAAAACGGUAAUAUAUUGUCACACCUUGAUCAAGGGUGUAGAAGGGUCUCCCAUCUGAGGAGGAGGAUACCAGUAACAGAGGAUUGACUCAAAUUCUAAACACUCAGUCAUCGAUCUCCUCUCUGCAAUCGUGGCUUGCAGACAAUGGGGCAUGGCAGCACGUGGUAAGUUGCUCAUUUAAUAGUCCUUCUCUUAAGGAUUUUUUUUAUUUGCUAUGUAAAAUCACAUGGGGAGUUUCAUACCUUGUUACUCAUAUUAAGCCUGUUCAGUCAGCAGAGGUUCCCAGUUUAGAGGCGCUGAAGAGUCAGUCCUAAUGUAAGUGGAAUAAACUUAGUAAGUGGAUUGAGUUUUUAAAAUACGUCCAUAUAUACUACCAAUGCAGCCAUUUCCCUUUUGCAGAACGAAAACAGAAGAGCAGGGAGGUGGUGGGAAGAUAAAGGACUCUUUUGAACGAGACACUAAACCUUAAUCCCAAAGGUUCUAUUUGUGUAGCACAAAUGUUAAAGUUUAAGCAAAACUUCAUCACUGCUGCUGUUGUUGCACAACAUUUGGGUACAGCCCUCCUCCCAGAUGCAAGGAUACUCAAUUCUGUUGUUUGCAAAUUGUUUAUAAAGUAUUCUGUAUUCCUUCAAAUGUGGAGGUUAGGGUAAAAUUUGAGUGACAUGUAGCUUGCCCUUGGGUUGGGGAACAAGUCAAAUCUUUCAAAGAUUUUCUUUAGGUCGCAGUUUGGAAUGACAAUGACUUUGAACCAAGCCACCGUAAGAAUACUUGACUGCAUACAUAAGCAGGCCCCGUAGUGCUGGCUAAUUGCCAGCAUGAGGAACAGAACUGUAAACUUGUUCUGCUGAAUUGUCUAGUACUAAGUGUAUUCAAAAGGAGAGCAGAUGGGGCCUUGAAAGUAUAGUUUUCACCCAAGAUAAAAAUUGCUAAUGAAUUUGUGUUUAAU